CAAAAAAUAUGAAAAGUUGGAGAUUUUUGUUGUUUCAGAUUCAAUUCAAUGAAAUUUGUAUUGAUUUCUCAGGGACAGUCCACAUUAAAAGCAAUGAGCCAGAGUUAGACCAGCAACUAUUUUUCAUCUACUGUCCCCAGAGAGAUGUUAGAAUUGUUUACCUGCAAAACGAAAAACAUUUAAAAUAUCAAUACAAAGGGAAGUACAAAGAAAAAUACCAAUUGAUAAAAAUACAACUACUAUAAAAACAGAAAUACUAAUAAAAGACAUACUUGCACAAUUCAUCCCAAAAACUGUAAAAUACCUCUGGACUUAAAUCCUGGCGCCAUCAUAUCAAACUUAUCAGUACUUUAAGACAUUUUAUUAAACAAAAUCACUCAAUUUUGACAAAUGUUUUGGAAAAAAAGUUCAAGGCUUGUUUUCUACCAUAUUAACAAAACAACACUUCAGUUUUACUAUGCAAAAAUAAUUCGACUUACUGCAAGCAGAGUUGUUGAAUAUGUCUCCUCAGAAUAACAACACAAAAUAAAUCCAUUUCUCUUUUUUUUCCUUUUUUUAGGAACAACAACCUUUGUGAACUUUUUAAACAUGUACAAAGGUGACAUUCUUUGAAAGGAUGUUGUUUUCCAGUAAACCAAAGAAAAAGGAGAAUGACCUGAAAAUCUGAGUGUAAGUCCGCGGAGCGGCCGUCAGAGCGUGAAUGUGUGUACAUGUAUCUCUAGAUACAAGUACAUAUAUAUAUAUAUAUCUAUUGAUGGAUUUUCAAAUCUUUCCCAGUGGUCUUUAGAUGAUGAUUAUUUAGCCAAAAUCCAAAAACAUGUGUCUUUUUUUUUUAACCUAGUUUCUGCAGAGCAGCAGGAGUUCCUUAAAAAUUCCCCCACUGAGUUUUCAUCAUUGCUCCAUUUUCAUUGGAGUGGGUCCUUUGUGUUUUUUUAACACAAAACUGCACAGCAUAAAAAGUUCAAACGUGCUCUUGGCCCGUUUGUGUCCUUCUUCAAAAUAAAGGCAUUGCCUCGGUGGAAUUGUCUCCUGGAAUGCAGGGGUUUUAUUUUGAAAGGCAGCAGCUCAGAUGCCUGAGCAGCUUCAGCUUCACUCAGCCAUCCUCACUGAAACCUCCUCCUCAACCGUCCUGCCUGCAGUCAGGUUCACGGCUCGGUCUCUCAUGAAUGGGCCACAGCUCUUCCCCCCGGGUUACAGGACGUCCAGCAGUUCUUCACGGACGGACGGGAGUUUCUCCACAGCUUUGUGGUGGGGGGGCACAUUUGAGACUCGGCCUGAAGACGGCAGGACAACGUUGAGGGACCAUCCGUGGGAAGCUGCUGGAUCCUGAGAUGCCAGAAGAAGUCAAUAAAGACGCCAUGAGAACACCAUCCACUUCAGAUAAAGCCACCAACAGCGAGCGCCCUGCAGCCACGGCGACGGCUGUAAACAUCCCGCUGGUUAAUGAAGUCCAGCUGACGGCGGCCACCGGCGGCGCGGAGCUCUCCUGCUAUCGCUGCACCAUCCCGUUUGGCGUGGUGGUGCUCAUCGCCGGCAUCGUGGUCACGGUGGUGGCUUACAGCUUCAACUCGCACGGAUCGACCAUCUCCUACUUCGGCUUGGUGCUUCUCUCAGCCGGGCUCUUGCUUUUGGCGUCCAGCGCCAUCUGCUGGAAGGUGAAGCUGGAGAGGAAGAAGGAGCGGCGGCGGGAAAGUCAAACCGUCCUGGUCACCAACCAGAGGAGCAUUUUCACCUGAACUUUCUGCUCCAGGCGGGUUUGAGUUUCAGCAGCUGCAGCCGUCCGGCACGUGUUUCUGACCGCAGAACACAAAGCUUUGAAGACUUUGUUGAGGACUUGUUUUUCAGAUGUUGAGCAUCUGGCGAGCUGGGAACGCAGCCAGGAGGAAUGUUUCCCAAUUAAGACGAAUGACCGCUUCAGCACACAGGAAGUCUCUCAUUAAUCUGCUUUGAUUGGAGUGGAGGAGGACAACCGUGAAAAGAAAAGCUCAGGAGGGGGUCGGGACCUGGAGACGCAGCGGAGGAUUCCCAGCUUUCACCUCAACGCAAACAUGUACGAACUUUUUCAGAAAGUAGGAUUUUGUGGAGGAAUGGUACGGGACGCAAGGGGACUUUACCCCCAAAAACCUUUCUUAUAUUUGCUAUUAAUAACAUCUGACUCUGAGUUUAUUAUCAAUUUUUAUGAAAAAUGUGAAAUUUCAUAAACAUGUAAAAUUUAAUAUUUAUCUUCUUUAACAGACACUUGUACUAACUGCUAAGAAUAAUAAGAAGUUGAAUAAAAAAUAUAUAUAACUGAG